AUGAAUCUUUCGACUCGAAGUCUCGAUGUGACUACGAGUUCAUUUGAUAACCUCAGUACAAACCCAACCGAGAGUAAUACACUCGCUUCGACAACGGACAGCAACCGACAGCUGAUAUUUCAAAUCUUACUCUACAUUAUCGACGUCGCUAUCAUAGUUGGCAAUUCGUUUGUGAUCUGGUUAGUGGUUCGUAGGAAAUCACUUCAUACUGUGACAAAUAUGUUGUUGGUUUCAUUGGCCAUCUCUGAUUUGAUGGUAGGGAUAGCGGUCAUCCCGUCAUUUGUCGCCUGUUUUCAUGUGAAAUGUGACGGAGUGUUGGCUAAAAUGGUUUAUGAUUACUUUCUCUUUGUGUCAGUCGCUAAUUUAUGUGCUAUAACCGUAGACCGGUAUACGGCGGUUAUGCAUCCACUCAGAUAUCCAAAUAAAAUGACUCCACUCGCUGCAAUACGAAUUAUAGCGAUUGCUUGGAUUAUUCCAGCGAUUCUCUCAAUUCUCCCAGUGUCAUGGACGUAUUCUAGUACCUCAGUAGACAAUCAAGAAUUGGCUAAUAAAGUCUUCUAUACAAUUCAAGUCAUAUUCUUCGUGUUAACUCCGUGUUGCCUCAUGCUGUGGGCUUACUUCAAAAUUUUUAAAGAAGCGGUCAAACAAGCUCGUCGGAUUCAUUCUGAGACAGGCUAUGGUUCAGAGUCUGUUAAUGGAGGACGUUCUUUAUCACCAAGUGAGGCAAGAAAUGCCAUCAAAGUCUUUGGAACUGUUGUGGCGUUUUUUGUUUUCUGCUGGUCAAUUUCAGCUUAUCGUACAUUUGUGAUCUACUUCAAACUCAAGGAUGUCCACCCCGAUGUGACAAUGGCGUCGAGAGUAUUGAUCGUUUUUAACAGUGCGGUGAACCCUAUCUUUUAUAGUCUGUGGAAAAAAGACGUUAGACGUGAGGUAGAGAGAUUGUUUGUGGGGAGAAGAAGAAAUGCAAUCCAUCCAGCUACAAGUGCUAGUAAUCCUUCAUUUGUGAUAACACAACAAGCAGCCACACUUGGGAAUUAAAUCACUGUAGACUCAAUAUACAGGAGCCGCCGGGUUGCACGAAGGCCGCGGAUAGCGCUGUCCACUGGAUAUAUAAAUCUUGAACAGUCUGCCAGUGUAUAGGGAGUGUCAAUAAUAAUACGAA